AUGCCAUCGCCACACAGUGUCUUUGACGAUCCCGAUGUUGCUCCUCAAUACCAGCCCCUUGAGGAAUGGAACUUCACCAACUUCCUGCCCAUCGUUCCACAGCGCCUCUACUUGACUCUAUCAAUAUCUGGGCCAUUCCGUUCCUCAUCUGGCUCCGCGUGGCUUACACGCCCGAAUCCAACCCAUGGACUGUCUGUGCCAUCAUCUAGUGCACUCAUCGUGCCGGCACGCUUUAUGCGCCCGUUCAUUGUGGCGCUGGCCUCGCUGAACUCCAAUUCGGUGCGGUCCAGGACCUUCUCGGCUGCGCUCUACAACAUGUCCGUCCAGGUCGGGGGCAUCGUCGGCUCAAAUGUCUAUAAAACCGAGGACGCACCGCUGUACAAGACGGGCGACACGGCGCUGUUCGGCGUCCUGGGCUACGAUUUUCUGCUCAUCUCUGCCUGUAUAUGGUAUUACAAGUCUAGGAACUGUGGCCGCGAUUGCUUGUGGGAUGCCAUGUCUGAGGACGAAAAGGCCCACUACCUGGCUCGCAACAGUGAAGGUGGUAACAAGCGAAUGGAUUUUAGGUUUGCCUACUGA